GCUGGUUUUUUCAAAUGGAGACUCUCAAAGGAGAUUCAUGGAGGUAUUCAUCUUAAUUAGAAACUACAACUUUCAACAGGAAUAUAGGAAUUUCUAUACCAGAUCAAACCAGUGGUCCAUCUAGACCAGUGUCCUGUUUCCAGCAGGGGCAAGAGCCAGAUGCUCUGCGAGAAACCCCAUAAUGGACAGUUGUGGCCAAAACUUCCUCUAAGAAAGCUCCUUCCUAGACUCCAUCGCUAACAGACAGCUCCUGUACUGCCGGACUUGGCCCUUUUGCAGAUGACAGGAGAAAAGAAAAAAAGCAGAUCGGAAUCUAGGAAUAUUUUUUGUAUCUAAAUAGUCUUAAGUUUAAUUCCCCUCCAAUGAGCAUUCUUUGGUUUUGGAUCACAGGUCUUUGGUGAAAGGCUAUAUGAACAGUUGUUUUUAAAGAAAUUCUAGUAACGCUUUGGGUAGCAGAAGAAAGAAGCAUAAUCCUCUACUGGAAAUCAAAUACCAUCCAGCAAGGUAAAGAGGUUGUGCCACUAACACUUCUGUCAGUUCUGGUAAGCAAUCCUCCUUCAAGCAGUUAAAAAUGUUUUGGUAAAAGACAGUAGUAAGACCUUAUCCAGAAUAAUUCUGACGUCUGGUAGCCAAUAAAGAUUCCAGUAAAGCAGAUGCAGAGAAGAUCAGGGAAACAAGGAACCUGCCUUGGAAAGCUGAGUGCACUUUGCUUCACGCAGCAAAACAAAAGCUGAAAGGAGAUGUGAUUUUUGCCUGUGCUGAGGAGGUAAAAUCCAAGGAGGCAGAAAGUGCUCAAAAACAAUGGUUAGUUUAAAACUUUAAGUUAGGUUUUUUUCCCCUGCCAGCAGAUGUUAUUAGCUUUUUAACCAACAAAAUUAUGAGAUUCGCAAACAGCCUCUCAACAGGAGAGGAAAGGGAAAAACCAUGCAACUAAUCUUAUCGAGAACUUAAUCUUUUUUGCAGGUGACUAUGUAAUGGAGCUGCCCACAAUGCAGAGAAGGGGAUUUAACAGCCAGAGCUCUGGAGGCCUCUCACUACAAUGCAGGGAACGUGGGUAGGGAGAAGCCCAUUGAAGCUGUGACAGGAGCUGGUGGCCGUAUGACAAAAGUGACGAUCGCAGUCAAGAAGCUGCGUGAAGUGGUUUCUCCCCGCCAGGCAGCUGGCGGGGCUUUGGCUGAAGGGCCUCCAGCCCGGUUGGCCCCCAGCACCCUCCGCAGCGUGGCACCAGGAGUCCUGAGUACGAAAGGACAUCCAGAACAUCUGCUUUCAGUAGAAAAAUCUACAGAGCCCAUGUUUUUAUCACAGAUGGAUUAUCCUAGAGAAGCUGUAGUACAAGAAGAUCCUUCACUGCUACUGGAAGAUAGCAGAAGACCUAAAGAUGAUGUUUUUAUUUCUCAAUAUGCUACUGGUCAGAAAGAGGCUUUGAGAGCAGUGUUAAAGCAAAAAACUCAAAAUACUCCUGUGCUUAAGGAGGUGAAGGUACAACUCUUAGGAAAUGCCGCCACAGAAAAAAAGGAAUGUGUUGGUAAGGAUGCCAGGUCAACACACAGGGAAGUUGAUUCUGCAACAACCAUCGCAGCAGCAACUGCUGCUGCCAUUGCUACUACAGCUCCGCUUCUUAAAGUUCAGAAUGAAUUGGAAGCAAAAGUUAACUCAGUUUCAGCAUUGCUUCAUAAACUACAGGAGACAGACAGACAACUGCAGCGUUUUGCUGAACAGCAAACGAAUACAAAGACUCAAUAUGAGAAGCUCCACUGUCACGAAAGAGUCAGUGAGCUUGAAAAACAAAUGAAUGCUUUCAUGGUGCAACGGAUUCAGCGCUUGGAAAAGUUACAGGAACAACAAAUGAAUAUUCAGUCUCAUCUCAUUAGCUCUGCAGUCAACAUGGGUGGCUUACAACAAAUUCACGUACCUUCCUCCAGUCUCAUGACAAAACAAUCUGAGGAGCCGGAACAGCGAUUGUUUACUAAUGGAGCAUCUUCAUGUCAGAGGGGUUUAUUUCCUACCAGUGGUCCACCUGCCCAAGCACAUUCAAGCCAAUUGCAAAGUCAUGGCAUUCGUACAUCAAAAUCUCCUCUAAAGACACCAGUUCCUCGGAGAUAUGCUCCAGAACCUGUAUCAAAAAAUGCGAAAAUCUCAAAGAAAGAAAACCCUGUAACAGAAAAAGAAAAUAUUCCCAAAUCCACAUGUGAAGGUGAAGGGAGAUUUCUUGAGCAUAUUCUGAAUUCUCAAGAAAUGCCACUGAGGCAAACUGAAUUUUCUGAGAAGGCAACAUUAAACAGUAAUAAAAUGAGCUGGCAUUCUGAGAGAGACAGGCAUACUGCUUUGCGUACAGACUCAUUCCCUGCUGUUGAAAGCUCCUUCCAAAAUUGCAGUUCAAUUGAGAAAACAGUGAAAAAAGCAGAUGAUUUGCUCCAAGAUCUUGGCCAGUUGAAAAGAGAAAUGCAUGACAUACUACAGGAAGCAAAUUCAUGGAAAUCUGACAUGAAUGGUCUUAUUAAGUCAAAAAAACCUACUGUUGCAUCUGAUCUUCCUGAACAUCAUCAGCUCAAUAAACCAUCCAUCCUUCAAAAUGUUAAAGUGCCAAAAUCUAUACUAAGGGAUGCUGAAAGGAUUUUGAGAGGAGUUCAAAACAAUAAAAAAGUUCUUGAAGAAAAUCUGGAAGCUGUUAUUCGUGCAAAAGAUGGGGAUGCCAUGUAUACUUUCAUUAACGCCUUGACUACAAACAGUUAUCCACAGACUCUUCUGAUAGCCUUGAAGAUAAAAUAUCCUUUUAUUAUGUUUAUGUUUUAUCUUCAGGCUGAAAUGGCAAGAAAUGAUUUGGAACAAGUGAAAUAUGAUCAAAAGGUCCCAUGGAUCAAGAGAGCCCAAACCAUCAAGGCUGUGAAGACCAAUAAAGAAAUUCAAGGGAAAACUCAAAAAAUCCAAGGAUGCUCGACAAAGAGGCCUUUAUCUGCAGCUAAGCCAUUACAGAAGCAAGCAGAGGAUAACACAAGCAAACAGAAGUUUAGAACUUACUUUUCUGCUGAAAGUUCACAGAAGAAAGAAAAAAGGGCAGCUGGACCUGUGAAUGGAAGUGCAGUGGUACAAAAUGAAGACUAUCUGUGUCAAGUUUAUGGGAAGCCAAUUUACCAGGGCCAUCGUAGCACGCUUAAAAAAGCGCCAUAUCUGAGAUUCAACUCUCCCUCUCCCAAAUCAAAACUUCAAAGACCCAAGGUGAUAGAGUGUGUUAGAGGUACAAAGGUAAAGUCAGUAAGAACACAGACUUCUCAUAAGCAGAAGGUAGUAACCAGCCCUGGGAAACAGCAUCUUUUAUAUGCACUUACCCAAGAAAAUCAGUAUGUCUUCAGUCCAAGUCGAGAUGAACCUGCAGUAUGUGGUCCGCUUGAAGGUCACCUAAUUCCUAUGGCUAUUCCACUAGGUCAAACCCAAAUUAGCGACGUCUCAGUGCAGCCUGCAGGAGUAGUUAUUGGUAAACCACACCCUGUUACAGUUACGACCUCCCUUCCUCAAGUGCCACCAAAACCACCGGCUGAGAUAAAAAAACCAAACAUAGCUGUAAUAGAGAUGAGAUCAGAGAAGAAGGAUCCCCCUCAACUGUCUGUGCAGGUGUUGCCAAAUGUAGAUAUUGACAGUAUUUCAAGUGACAGUGUGAGUGUAAACCACGUUCUUCCAGACUCUGAACCUGCACUUCCUCCUGUCGAUGCUGUAAUACAGACUCCAGAAGAUAUACAUAGUGAGGAGGAAGACACAAAGUUUCCGGGAGCUAAUUUUAUUGAUGUUACCGAUGUCAUGCAGGAUCAGGAAGAGGAGAGGGAUGAAAUUCCAGAAUUCUUUGAGCCUCUUCUGGAAUUUAAUGGACAGUUUAGAGUUGCCUCGCCAAAAUACAAUGGUCCUUUGUUUCCUCCAGUCGCUUCUGCUCCUCAGCAGUCUUCUGAUGUUUUGGAUGAACUGAUUCAAAGGAGAGAAACUAUAGAAAACAGGUUGAUAAACUGGGUGGAACAAGAAAUAAUGGCAAAAAUUAUCAGUGGGAUGUACCCAGUUCAGAAAGAAACAGUGCCCAGCGUUAGCACCUCAGGGAGUGAAGACGGUGAGACCGUAACGUCUGACAUAGUUGAAGUUGCAGGUGGUGGAGGAUUUCAACUCUUUAUCAAUGCUGGUGUGCCUGUGGACUCAGAAAUAAUAAGUCAUUUCGUAAAUGAAGCUCUCAGUGAGACAAUUGCAACCAUGCUGGGUAACAAGCAGGCUCAGAAUGCAGUUCCUGCUACAAACGUUCUUCCAAGUACGACAGUUAUGAUGGAGUCUCUUGUGCCUACUCCAUUGCCAACACCCCAGGCCACACCACCACAAACACCACCGUCAGAAAAAGAAUUGCCUCCAGUCAAAACUCCAGAGUCUUCUCUAUCUCUUACAGAAAUGAGUGGGGAUGUUCGUAAACAUGAAAAAAUUAAAGAAACAGGAGCUGAGAUUCCAGCUGCCAGUAGUCGUGUUGGGACACCUGUGGUUACCCCUGUCAAUACGCCUCCUAGAACAACCACACCAAGCCCUCCUGCCUCAGAGUGUCUCUCCGAAGCUGCAAAAAUGGAAAGGCCAAAGCCUCCAAACCCAUGGGAUGGUGCAGAACUUCCUCUGGAAGAAGAGAAACCCAGUCCUUUAACUGAAGAAUCAUUCCGUCCCAAGGCUGUUGAGAUGUCAGUGGCUAACGAUGAGGAACCAGAGGCCUUGAUUCUAGCAUCGCAGCAGUCGGCAGCAAGGCCCUUCGAAUCGCUUCCUUGCGACCCACAGGUUCCAUCCCCUGUGCCUACAGUUAGUUCUGGGCAGUCCACACAGGAAAGCAGCCUUACCCUCACAGAAACAGAAACAGAAACUGCAGAGAGACCCAUCUCAGAAGGGGAGGUGCUCUUCAGCUAUGGACAGAUGCUGGCUGCAGGAGCGUUAGCAGAAGGAGGACUGUCUCUUCCAAAUCUCACUGAGAGCUUAACAAGUACUUUACAAGAUGCCAACGAAAUGGAUUAUGAUCCUCCCAGUGAAGGGCAAGUGGUGAGAAGACUGGAUAAAGGCUAUCACAAGGAUCCUGUCCUGACUCUUUUAGCCAAAUUAAAUCAAGCUCCUGUUGUUGCACAAGAAGGAACGUACUACUUGGAGGAUUCUGACAACAGUGUUGGGGAGCUCAGUGAAGGUCAAAGACCAAGGCUGACGAGAGCAGCAGAGAGAAUCCUAAUGGGACACUCAGUUUAUAUGGACCAUCCAACUGCUCGGACUUCUGAGAACAGACCACACCAGGGUUUCCGUUCUCCAUCACCAGGGCAGCUUGCCCAAAUGGGAGCAGAAAUUCUUGGAGAUGCAGAUACAAGUCAUGGUCCAAUGCUUAUGGCCGAACUGGAAUCGCAACCAGUUUCAAAUCCAGUUCUGCAAGCAGCCCAACCAAGCUGCAGAGUGACAUCUCUCUCAGACGAUCUGUCCCAGGAGGAAAGCCGAGGAGCUGCACAAGUUGAGACUGUGAGACCCCGAGUUAUUCAUGUGAGACGGAAGUCUGAAGAGAUGCAACAAGAAGGUAUCCAUGGAGACACGAAUCAGACACACAUUGGCACAAAUACGUAUCUCACAUCUUUACGUACAGGAGAGGAUGCUGCCUCGCAUUUAAAUUCACAUCUUCCUGCAGCAAAGGUGUCAGUGAAGCUGCCUUCCAUGAACACAGACAACCAAACACAAAGUACGAGUAGUAUACACGGCGACUCAGAUUCUUCAGGGACAGAUACGUUUUAAAGCUUAUGGCCUUCUAUGACAGUCGCUGUCUGAAGAUUUUGCUGUCGGUGCAUUUGUCCGCCUAGCGUGAUCGUCUGGAAGUUUCAUCAAAAUACUGGUCUUUCAGCAGAGCUAGUUGCUGCAGUCUCAGCCCUUCAGAAGCCUGAUAAUCUCUAGUCAGAAAUACCAGAGUAAUGAGUG